AGGAAGUGAGAGCAGCGGCGGCGGCGACGGGGGCGACGGGGAGGCAGCCGCGGAGGUGGCGGCUGAGGACGCGGGCUGUGGGGGUGUGAGUGUAUCCGAGGGUGUCUGACGGAGGGGGAGAUCGCGCGCAGGACGCGCGCGCGCGCACACACACGGACACACACGGACACGGGCGCUGACGGCCGGAGUCCGAGGCUAGGGAGGGCGAGGCUGAGGCUGAGGAUGGGAUCGUCCCGGCCGCCAGAGCCAGUCUGCGAAAGCUAGAGCGGCCCCCGCGCGCGGAGCCCCCGCCCGGUGCCCCAACUUCGGGGCUGGCAGGCGAGUGACCGAGCUCCCUCCCUCGCGCGACCCGGACCCGGACCCGGAGCCUGCAGCGGAGACAGCGGUGCGCAGGUGUGGGGACUUUUGGACCCAGUAGCAUCGAGAGCUGAUCUUGCUGGCUCCUCCAACCCGGGCAGACCAUGCCGCCUCCCGCAGACAUCGUGAAGGUGGCCAUUGAGUGCCCGGGGGCCUUCCCCAAACUGAUGGAGAUUGACCAAAAGAAGCCCCUGUCUGCAGUAAUAAAGGAAGUUUGUGAUGGGUGGACGCUCACCAACCAUGAGUGCUUUGCUCUGCAGCACGCAGACAGCUCCAAUUUCUACAUCACGGAGAAGAAUCGCAACGAAAUAAAAAACGGAGCCAUUCUGCGGCUGGCGAUGUCCCCGGCUCAAAAUGCCCGGCAGCUCCACGAGAGGAUCCAGUCUUCAAGCAUGGACUCCAAGCUGGAGGCCCUGAAAGAUUUAGCGAGCUACUCCAGAGACAUCACGUUUGCCCAGGAGUUCAUCAAUCUGGAUGGCAUCUCUCUCCUCACCCAGAUGGUAGAGAGUGGGACCGAGCGAUAUCAGAAACUGCAGAAGAUCAUGAAACCCUGCUUUGGAGACAUGCUGUCCUUCACACUGACUGCAUUUGUGGAACUGAUGGAUCACGGCAUCGUUUCAUGGGAUACCUUCUCCGUGGCAUUCAUCAAGAAGAUAGCAAGCUUCGUGAACAAGUCUGCCAUUGACAUCUCCAUCCUCCAGCGCUCCUUAGCCAUCCUGGAAUCCAUGGUCCUGAACAGCCAUGACCUGUACCAGAAGGUGGCGCAAGAGAUCACGAUUGGCCAACUCAUCCCCCAUCUUCAGGGGACAGACCAAGAAAUCCAAACGUACACCAUUGCAGUAAUUAAUGCCCUCUUCCUCAAGGCCCCGGAUGAGAAGCGGCAGGUCAAGCUAGAGCCUCAGGCCGACAUCCUUGACUGCCCACUCACUGAAAUGGCGAACAUCUUGGCCCAGAAGCAGCUUCGCUCCAUCAUCCUGAUGCAUGUCAUCAGAGCUCAGAGAGCCAUCAAUAACGAAAUGGCCCAUCAGCUGUACGUCCUGCAAGUCCUGACCUUUAACCUCCUGGAGGACAGAAUGAUGACCAAAAUGGACCCACAGGAUCAGGCCCAGAGGGACAUCAUCUUUGAGCUGAGACGCAUCGCCUUUGACGCCGAGUGCGAGCCCAGCAACAGCAGUGGCAGCAUCGAGAAGCGCAAGUCCAUGUAUACUCGGGACUACAAAAAGCUCGGCUUCAUUAACCACGUGAACCCAGCCAUGGACUUCACCCAGACUCCCCCGGGAAUGUUGGCCCUGGACAAUAUGCUGUACUUUGCCAAACACCACCAAGAUGCGUAUAUCCGGAUCGUCCUUGAGAACAGCAGCCGAGAAGACAAGCACGAGUGUCCCUUUGGCCGCAGCAGCAUCGAGCUGACCAAGAUGCUCUGUGAGAUCCUCAAAGUGGGAGAGCUGCCCAGUGAAACCUGCAACGACUUUCACCCCAUGUUCUUCACCCAUGACCGCUCCUUUGAGGAAUUCUUUUGCAUCUGCAUCCAGCUGCUGAACAAGACAUGGAAGGAGAUGAGAGCAACUUCAGAAGACUUCAACAAGGUAAUGCAGGUGGUGAAGGAGCAGGUCAUGAGGGCCCUCACAACCAAGCCUAGCUCCCUGGACCAGUUCAAGAGCAAACUGCAGAACCUGAGCUACACGGAAAUCCUGAAGAUCCGCCAAUCAGAGAGGAUGAACCAGGAGGAUUUCCAGUCUCGGCCGAUCUUGGAACUGAAGGAGAAGAUCCAGCCUGAAAUUUUAGAGCUGAUCAAACAGCAGCGUCUGAAUCGUCUUGUUGAGGGCACCUGCUUCAGGAAACUGAACUGCCGGCGGAGACAAGACAAAUUUUGGUAUUGUCGGCUGUCACCCAAUCACAAAGUGCUGCACUAUGGAGACUUGGAGGAGAGCCCUCAGGGAGAGGUGCCCCAUGACUCCCUGCAGGAUAAACUGCCUGUGGCAGACAUCAAAGCUGUGGUGACGGGGAAGGACUGCCCACACAUGAAGGAGAAGGGGGCCUUGAAACAGAACAAGGAGGUCCUGGAACUCGCCUUCUCCAUCCUCUAUGACUCCAACUGCCAGCUGAACUUCAUCGCUCCUGAUAAGCACGAGUACUGCGUCUGGACGGACGGGCUCAAUGCCCUGCUGGGCAAGGACAUGCUGAGCGACCUCACCCGCAACGACCUGGACACACUGCUCAGUAUGGAGAUCAAGCUUCGUCUGCUCGACUUGGAGAACAUCCAGAUCCCCGACGCGCCGCCCCCCAUCCCCAAGGAGCCCAGCAACUACGACUUUGUCUAUGACUGUAACUGAGGGCACCGCCGGCCGCGCCCCGCCCCGUGCCCGGCUUCCAGAAGCGGAAACACGAGGGAGACGCCCUCCCUUCGGGGCCCCCCAAUCCUCCGCCCCUCCCUCCCCCAGCCCCUGCGCCAAUCAGUGAGUGAUCAAUGGGCGAUCAUCCUCAGAGACUACAAUGCUAUACUUCCUUUCUCACUGCUGCAGCCCCGCUAUGGGAUAGGGCAAGGUCCCACCAUCGCCACUGAGAGAACGGUGAAGGGUCCAGCCCUGGGUCACGAGAGCCCAGCUGCCUGCCGCCUGCCCACCUUCCAGCCCAAUGGCCCGGAGUAGACUGCCUGGGCAGUGGGCCUGGAGGCAACAGGGGAAAAAGAAGGGUGCCCACCGCUCCCCAGGAAAAGAACUACCAGGGCCACGGCCGGCCAGGGGAGCGGAGGAUCGCUUGUGACUCCAGUCUUCCCUUCAUGUCCCGUCUUCCCACACCCUCUCCCCCUCCCCUUCACGUCCCCUUCCUCCUCCCCUCCCUUCUCUCCUCCAAGACCAGAAGGAGCGCCUCCAUCCAUCCCUAGGGCUUCACCACAUUUGGUCUCCCAAAGGACGAAAGUGCUGGAUUCGUGCCCCUUGGGUUUCUGUGCUGUCCCUGCUCCGGGACCUGCCUCUCCCCGGCUUCCUUCUACUCGGUUCUAGGCUCCCCCUUCCCCCUUUCCCCAGCUUCCUUCUAGUCAGUUAAAUCAAAGCACAAAUUAUGAAGCCCUUAGCUGUGGUCUCUCUCCUCUUUCUCCUUCUCUUCCCUCUCAUCUCUUUCCCCCUCCCUCUUUUUCUCUCCCUAACUCUCCUCUUCUUCCUCCUCCUUUUCUUCUUCUUCUUCUUCUUCUUCUUCUUCUUC